AUGGACGACGCCUCGGCGCCGGCAGAGGCGCGACGGUUGAGCAUCGAAAAGGUGCCCAUUGUCCCCGAGGCGCCGCCACCGUUCGACGGCCUACCCGACGAAAUCAUCGAGCAGAUACUCCUCGCCACGGAUCCCAAUGGCUUCGCCUCGCUCAUGGCGCUCAACCGCAAGUGGCGGGACGUGUCGCAGCGCCCGCACCUGUACCGAUAUCACCUCGCUCGAUGUCCGACGUAUGCGGCAAACACAGCCAGCUUGCCAUCUGCCGAUACCGACAACUUGCCUCUUCUGCGACAACUAUUUGCCAGGGAAAUCAAGCGAAACCUCUUUGCAUCCUACGUCCGGCCAACCGUCACUCUCGUCAAGCUCGUGUCCAAGGCUAUCAGCUCGUCGUCAUGUCCAGGCGGAGAAGGCAUGGGCUUCACCACGUCGCCAAACGGCCAUUACGUGCUGGCGUACAAUUCGUCCAGGAUGUACCUCAUCAACGCUGCCGGGUCGGGGAUCGAGAUGAAGCGCGAGUUCAAGAUGCUGCGCCGUCCGGUCUCGGCCUGUGUCUCCAACGAUGCCACGCUCCUGGCCGUGCUCUCCACCGAGAUGCAGGUUGAUAUCUACGAUCUGAAGCAGUCCCCGCCCAAGCGAAAGCAGUCCAUGAUCCUCGACAACAACCCGCGAACCAUUGCGCUGUCGCCCUGCGGCACCGUUCUCACCGCAGCCUACGACGGCGGCAUCGAGGUCCAGUCGCUCAGUCGGGGGGCCUCUCCCACCGAGCGGCGCGCUGUCAAAUGCGAUGCGGUGGAUGCCUUGGCUUUUUCGUUUGACGGCACCCAGAUCCUUGGCACAACCCUUCAUUCGUCUCCACCGAGCACCGUCGUCAUCACCGCGCCGUACUACGACCCCGGUGCCCUGUCAAUGGAGCAGGGAGAGGAGAACCUAAGCGCAAUGUGGACCACGUCCAUACUGUUCCCCAAUUCCAGCCGUGACUGCAGCCAUGCCGUGCUGCUGCAGGACGGGAGCCAAGAGGAGGCCGCCUGGGCGUUUGCAUACGAUCGCACCUUUGAGACCUUUCGAGCCGUCCGCAUUGACGACCUGAGAAAUGGCACCACGCACUUCACCGGGCCAGUGCCCAAAUCGAACUCGCAGGCCAAGUUGCUCCCUUGCACGCUGCCUUCGGCCACGUAUCAUGGCGAAUUGGUAUCGGCGUGCUUCCACGGCAGCGAGGUCUGGAUCUAUGGCGUGCCCGAGGACUUGUCCGCAGUGCCUGAGGCCUCCUUGGCCGCCGACAAUGCCUCUGGUCUGGCUCGGAGGAAUAGCGCCCAGAGCCACUCUUCGCGAUCGCCAUCGACGAGAACACAAGAGGUUGUCCCUCCCACAGAUGGCACCGUAAGAGUUCCUCAAUGGCAGAUUCUGUGUGAUAAGCUCAGGAACAACUUUGUAGCGGGACACAAGACUUCGGACUUCAUUGGCGUGACCAACGUCAAGUGGGUGUCAGGAUUCGGCGACACUUUGCUCAAGGAGAGGCUCAUUGUCACCGCCUCUGGAGUGGUAGGGCCGAGGCUCGUCACCGACGACGAGGACAUGGAUUUUGUUGAUGGCGGUAGAAUCGCUCUUCUGGAUUUCGGAUAUGCCCUUACUGACGGAACCAAGACCGAGAUCACCCUCGAGGUUGGGACUGACGAUGCCGAGGUCCUCGAAGAGGAGAAACGUGAUAUCGAGACCGAAGUUGCCAUUGUACGGCGGAGGACGGUAGCCCAACGCGGAGGAAGAGGAGCCAGGAGGGGCAGCUUGACGCGAACGGCAACAAUCGCCGUUACGCCAACGUCCUCCGCCACGGCCGUGUCACCCAUUUCGCCGGUAUCGACAAGGAGCAACGAGGACGACGACCCUUUGGUACCGCGUACGAUGGGCCGUAACCCUGCUGCAGAGCGCCCAAUCAUCCGCGAACCCGUCGUCGACGAGGAGGAGUUUCUGUCGAUAGAGGAACAGGAAGCUAUGGAUGCCCCCUAUGCUCAUUCCAGCCCGCGCUCAGGGACGACGCUCCGUCGAGCAGCCACAGUUGCCGCCGCUAGCCGCCGGCUGAAUCCGCGGACAGCUGAUGGGCGGCCCAUAGAGUACCGUCGAGCAGACGGCAGGAGAGAGCAUCCGCACGAAAGCGAUGCCGACAACUGGGUCCCACCGCCGCCUCCGUAUCAGGCCGAGGAUCCAGGAGACGCGCCCGCUUUUCUUCGCGGGCGAGCAGUCCUGGCGGCUGUCUCGGUGCCGGGGCAGACACAGCAAUAUCUGGCUCUGCCGCUGCCUGAACAGCAUCCCGCAGACCCCCUUCCACCUCAGCUGCCGAGUCUGAUUAUUCCACCCAAUCUGUCCACGUCUGGUCCGUUGGAUCAUGGAGAUAUAUACGAUGUCUCUCCUCCUGCCUCGCCCAUGAGGGUCCGAACUCGGGACAGCCAUUCCAUGGUCACUUCACAGGAUUCCGCAACACCACAACCGACGACAGCAACGUCAAGCACUUCAAUGGGCGUGUAUGAGAGCAGUCCGGCUACGGUAGGCCCCUUGGUGCAUCCCGAAUUCGACUUUGGCUCGCCGGGGCUCGGGUUCGAGAGUGCCUCGAACUCAGCAUUAGAGGCCAGCAGUGCCUCGAGUCAUAUUGGACGAAGGCUGUCUAAUGCACAGACCUGGCCAUUGGUUUCUCCAUCAUCUGCUGACAGACAAGAAACUGCCUCCACCUCCACCUUGGAAACCUCCCGUUCAGCCUUGCCACCGGCUCCGAGCUCCGAUCAAAUGGCCAGGCUCAUACGAAGAGUGAGCCAGGGCCAUCCCGUUAACCUAGCCGGCAGUCUGCACUCGACGCAGUACCAGCAACUACAUCGGCCGCAGCCGGUUGCCGGCUCGCUGGCUACCACGCCAACAAACGUUCCCGACACGGACAUUGACCAGCCCCUGAUCAUCAGCACUCCACGCGGCGUGGGCGGUGCCUAUGAUCCCCCGGGACGCAGAGUCUCCCAACGCGGCGACACACCCAUUGUGGCUCCCGUGCCUAGGCGGCCUCGCGCCACAGGCGGCUCUGCUGCUCCGGCCACGGUAGAGGUGCUGGAGACAAUCUCCACCGGAGGCCCUCAACCGAUACAGCAAACCAACCUCGUGUUGCCGACGUGGAUGCGGGGGCCGCCGGCAUCGCCUGGGAGGCAACCGUCCACCGUCAAUAGACGGCCGAGUCGAGCCGAGAGGAGCGCGGCCAAGAAUAUGCGAGACGCGAAGAAGCGCGGGUGGACAGCCAAGAAGAAGAAGAAGUCAAAGGAGACGCCUAAGCCAGCCAUUACCGAGGAGGACAACAAUGGCAGCAUCUGGAUGGACAUGGACGUGCCGCAGACCAAGGAACACGACAAGGACAAGAAGUGCAACGUUAUGUGA